GGUGCCGUGGAGGUCCAGGUCCCCGAGGACCCCGUGGUGGCCCUGGUGGGCACCGACGCCACCCUGCGCUGCUCCUUCUCGCCCGAACCCGGCUUCAGCCUGGCGCAGCUCAACCUCAUCUGGCAGCUGACGGACACCAAGCAGCUGGUGCACAGCUUCGCCGAGGGCCGGGACCAGGGCAGCGCCUACGCCAACCGCACGGCGCUCUUCCCGGACCUGCUGGCUCAGGGCAACGCGUCCCUGCGGCUGCAGCGCGUGCGCGUGGCUGAUGAGGGCAGCUUCACCUGCUUCGUGAGCAUCCGGGACUUCGGCAGCGCCGCAGUCAGCCUGCAGGUGGCCGCUCCCUACUCGAAGCCCAGCAUGACCCUGGAGCCCAACAAGGACCUGCGGCCUGGGGACAUGGUGACCAUCACGUGCUCCAGCUACCGGGGCUAUCCGGAGGCCGAGGUGUUCUGGCAGGACGGGCAGGGCGCCCCCUUGACGGGCAACGUGACCACGUCGCAGAUGGCCAACGAGCAGGGCCUGUUCGACGUGCGCAGCGUCCUGAGGGUGGUGCUGGGCGCCAAUGGCACCUACAGCUGCCUGGUGCGCAACCCUGUGCUGCGGCAGGACGCUCAUGGCUCCGUCACCAUCACAGGGCAGCCCAUGACCUUCCCCCCUGAGGCCCUGUGGGUGACCGUGGGGCUGUCUGUCUGUCUUGUCGCACUGCUGGUGGCCCUGGCCUUCGUGUGCUGGAGAAAGAUCAAGCAGAGCUGUGAGGAGGAGAAUGCAGGUGCUGAGGACCAGGAUGGGGAUGGAGAGGGAUCCAAGACCGCCCUGCGGCCUCUGAAACACUCUGAGAACAAAGAAGAUGAUGGACAAGAAAUAGCCUGACCACGAAGACCAGGGAGCUGCUGCUCCGGCCUGGGGGCUCCCACCUCUGGCUGCACCGGGGCCUCAGUGUGAGCCCUGCCCCCAACAGAUGGCUCCCACUCGGGCAGGUCUGCCCAUUCUCCAAAGGACAGAGAGACCACCCCACAGCCUUCUUUCUCCGAUGGACGUGAUUCCCAAGUCUUGCUGCCUUAUUUCUCCAGUGACACGACACAUAAACCACCCUGCUGUCUUGUGUCUUAUGGACAUAAUACAGACACCACCCCACCGCCUUAUUUCUCCAGUGGAUAUGCUGCAUGGACCAUCUGGCUGCCUCUUUUUUCUCCGCAGGACACAAUAUUCAGACGGAUCCUCUGCCUUCUUUCUCCAAAGACAGGAUACGCAGUCACCCCUGGCCUUCUUUCUCCAGUGGCUCUGAUACACUAGUUUUCAUUUCUCAGCCUUUUCUUCCACUCCCCCCGCCGUAAGCCCGUCUCCCAGACAGGGACACUGCAGCUUCAGCAUCUCCUGAGGCCACAGGCAUCUCCCCUCCCGCCUCCCCUCCUCUGGCCCCCGCCUUGGCCUUUCCCCCAUCACUAAGUGAAGCCAGGGCCCUUCCCCGGGCAUGCAGGGACACACCAACACCUGUGCUGGGACGUAUAGGGACCUCCCUUCGCCCAGUCUCUCCCGUGGUGCUCUGGGCUGUGCCCUGGGGCUGCCUACCCGUGGGAAGCAUGUGCUGGUCACACGGGGUCUCUGGGGGUCUGCGUGGGCCCCCUGGGGGUCAGCCUGUAGCCCUCCGCUUUUCCCUCCUGUCCUUCUGUUCAUCCACUCUAGUCACGUUCACCGAGCACCCACGGGGUGCCCGCACUACCUUAGGUACCUGGGACCCGCUGUGAGAAGACAGGGCCCUCCAUUAAGGAGCUUGUCCUUCAACUGGGGAACUGCGAGGAGACAGACAACCGCCUGCCACGGCCUGCGCCUUGUGAGGGGCUCCUGCCCGGCUCCCUACAGUACCCCUCCAAUGUGCCCACGGCCUCCUGGAUACCUCAUGCCCAGGCCAUCCCUAAUCCCUCCCCAGAGCAGGGGUGCGGGCAGAAACCUGGAGAUGGGGCAGAGCCUCUUGCUACAGUCGGAGAAUCUGAUGGUUUCCAGUCUUUCAAGGUGUGAGCAGGUGGGCAGGCGGCCACGGCACCCCGAACCCCAGAGAGCAGAAGUGUAGCGGAAGCCUGGGGACGGGGCAGGGCCAGGAGGGUACAGGGACACAGCCCCUCAGCCCCCGCCAUGGUGCUAUUCUGGAGCUGGGAGGACACCUCCUGGCUUGUCUCUCGCCAGCCCCCGGCCUCCGGAACGCUUCUGAUGUCCUCCCGCUGACAUUUCCUCCUUCCCCAGGGAACGGAAGAGGUGGCAUGCCUAAUUUAAAUGUGGGACUCUGAGGAAUUUUGUUAACUGGGGGUGUAUUUUGGGAAAAAUAAAUGGCUUUGUAGAAA